AAAAAAACCAGACCAAUGAAAAAUGUCGGCUUUGAUCUGUCUGGGUUGUCUUUGCACCUGCAAAGCCCAUUUUCAAGGUCGCGUUUCCUGUUUAUCUUCAUCGAGAUUGACAGCGGAUUAAGAAUGCUGCUGCUUCUGAGUUGUGUUAUAAUUGCAGGUAUUGCAGCAGACGGUCCACCAAAGAUGCACUACCGAGUGAAGAACAGCUCAUUAUGUCUACAAGUUGGAAAAUCAGCAACACUUGAUGUUCAAUGGAGUUAUUAUGAUAAAGUAAUUGUUUUUCAGAAAAGCGUCACACCCAAUUACACAGACAAAGUUGAUUACAAUGCAAGCAAUCACGCGUUGUGUCUAAAAAAACUGACUGAAAAAGACAGUGGUGAUUAUAAAGCUUUGAUCGUUGAUUCCAAAUAUAAAAAAUCAACUGAGACCAACCGUUUAAUUGUUCAAGAAUCUGUUCCCAAACCAGUUAUCAGGAUGUCAUUAAUGGGCUCCAACCUGUCUGCUGGAUCCUGCAACAUAUCCAUCAACUGCUCUGUCCUGGACGAGUGGCUGUGGGCUGUUUGCCAUGAAGACAGCUGCAGACCAUUUCAGAGAUCCUUAAGUAAAGUCAACAUCACAAUUUUGGCUCACAACAGAUCUGUUGUCUGCAGUGGACACAACCAAGUCAGCAAAAGCAAAGUCUCUAAAAGCAUCGACGCAACAUGCUAUAGUAAACGGACAAAUGAACAUGAAGAGAAAUCAUCAUCAUCAUCCAGACUAAUAGUAAUUGUAAUAGCAGUUGCCGUAGGUGUAACUCUCUGUGCAUUUAUUAGCUUUUUGAUUAAGAGACUCUGUUGGACAGAAUAUAAUGGACAUCAGACAUCUACUGCUCAGUUAAUACAGAGCCAGCCAAUCGAGGCCCAGUCACAACCUGUGAGCAGCGAGUCACCCUCUUCUUCUACUCAACCUGAUGUGUCUUAUGAAAAUGUGGAGGCAGCGGAGCCAAGUCAGAUAAACCAUCCAACCAGCCACCCAAAGGAGGAGCUGGAAUCAAAGGAAAGCCAGACAGUGGAUACGGUCUACAGCGUUCUACAGUUGCCACGUGUGACUGGCUCGCUUGGAAACAGUGACAGAGAAAAUACAACAAAAGUAGAUUACACGACACCAGAGUCAUCAACUUCAUCUGUCACUCUUGGGCAAAUUGACUCAGUGUACUGCACUUUGCAAAAGCCAAAGACAUAAACAUGACAAGUUUGAAAAGCUUGACUGAGAGUACGAUAUAAAUUCAGAAUAAUGAUGUGGACAUUCCUGUGGUACUAAAAACUUGAAUACACGUCAUGGAUUGUUUUCAACUGCAUUUUUUUAAAUAAUUGGAUGUGAUGUAAGGUACGGUAUGACUAUUUUUUAAAGGUUAUAUUGGGGCUCGUUAUUUUAGUUUUUUUUAUUGUAUUUUAAUGAUUUAAGAAUGGGAUUUUCUGGAUUUUUCUGGCAUCCUGGAUCUCUUAAACUAAAACUGUUGUCAAUGUGAGUCACGCACAUCUAUUUUCAGUAUUUGAGCCCCACAAUCAUUCAUUUUUCUUCAUUUCUGCUUUCUCAUCCUUUUUUUAUACUCAUGCUUUAUAACUCUCUGCUUGCCCUUAGCUUUUUUUUAUGAUCAUGCUUUUUAAAAUUCUAUCGCACUUUAAGAUUUGAUUUGAUGAAAAGUGCGCUACAAAUAAAAUGUAUUAUUAAUAUGGAUGGGUACCUUAUGGAUCUAAUGACAGAGAAAACACACUCAAUCCCCUUUCAACGUAAAACAACUGAGUGCUGAAUCCCGAAAAAUGUUAAAACAAGAAAAACAUUUCGGACAUCACUCCAAAAUUAUGUAUUUUAAUUGUCACACAAAUAUUUUGACUGAGGCUGAACUGGAAUGAUCUGGAUUUCAUUAACAUUUUGAACUAUCCUAAUGUCCAGAAAUGUAAAGUACAAACCGCCACAAUGAAGACUGUCAGGGGAAGCCUGUUUAGAGGGUGUGUACUAUACAUUUCAGAAGAAUUGGAUAGUUCAAAAUCAUUGGGAAAAACCCAGAUCAUACAAGCUGGGAUCAGCCUUGGAGAUAGGGUGAGGAGCUCACAUCGAAAGGAGCUAGUUGAGGUGGUUUGGGCAUCUGAUUAGAAUGCCUCCUGGACGCCUCCCUUUGGAGGUUUUCGGGGCACGCCCAACUGGGAGGAGAGCCUGGGGUAGACCCAGAGUUCACUGGAGGGAUUAUAUAUCCUGUAUAGCCCAGGAACGCCUUGGAAUCUACCAGGAGGAGCACAGUUAUGGCACAGAUGUGAUGGGACACAUUUGCUAUGGCACAAAGCACCUCUUAAAUCAAUUGAGGGUACUACACUGACCACGGACCUGGUGCUUGUUUGUUAGUUCACCAUCAGAAGUGAGAAGAGGUUUAUAAUUAGCUUAUAUGCUCUUUUGCAUAUUCUGAUGCAUCUUUUUAUCUGCUGCUUCAGUGACAUCAUGUCCGGCCUGAGUGAAAGGCGUGCCUCCUAUAGCAGAGCUGUUUAUACAGGAAGUGAUCAUCAGAUUGUACUUGGUACAACACUUACAGUAUUCUUGUGAGUUUUGCUUUAUUUUUUUCACCAUCAAACAUGAAACAUAUUGUCAUCUUUUUGCCUUCUUUUUUUCUGCUAAUGAAAACAACCUGAAAACAUUAAAACUCUCUCAUGGGCAAUAAGCA